AUGAUGGCUAACAAGAAGCCCUUCACCAGUGCCAUCAUUGGGACACUGGUGGCACUCUCCAUCAUCGCCCUUGUUCUCAGCCUGGUGAAGGUUGAAGAUGUGACACUGCCACCCACGGUCAAGUAUGGGAUGGUGUUUGACGCGGGCUCGUCCCACACCUCUCUGUUUGUCUACGAGUGGGAUUCAGACAAGGAGAACGACACUGGUGUGGUCAGCCAGACCUUGUCCUGUGAUGUCCAGGGGCCCGGCAUAUCAAGCUAUGCCUACGAUCCCCCUAGAGCCGGUGAUUCCCUAAGGGAAUGCCUGGAUAAAGCCCUGAAGGUUGUUCCUGCUGCGAAACAGAGGGAUGUCCCAGCUUAUCUCGGAGCAACAGCUGGCAUGAGGCUACUGAGGGAACAGAACAGUUCAGUAGCAGAUCAAGUCCUGGCCGAAGUCACUAAAACCAUGCAAGAGUACCCUGUGGAUUUCAAAGGGGCCCGAAUCCUUACGGGAGAGGAAGAGGGGGCUUAUGGCUGGAUCACCAUCAACUACCUGCUGGACUCCUUCACUGAGUUCUCUCCCAAAGCACACACGUGGCUCCGUCCAGAGGUGGCCAACAUUUUUGGGGCACUGGAUCUUGGAGGAGCAUCCACUCAAAUCAGCUUUGUGCCCGAAGGUUCAGUGCUAAACCAGAAUGAAGCUUCCAAGUUCACCCUGUAUGGGUACAACUACAACAUCUACACCCACAGCUACCUCUGCUACGGGCAGAACGAGAUGCUGAAGCGGCUGGCAAAGGAAUUAAUUGUGGCAUCGGCCCCCAGCACACGGGUCUGUCACCCCUGCUACCCAAAGGGCUACAAUGAAACGGUCCGUCUGUCUGCCUUCCGCGCCAGCCCCUGCACCGACCGGAGCGACGCCCGCCUGCCUGCCGGUGACAGCACGGUGACCCUGGAGGGCAGGGGCAAUGCCAGCGGGUGCCUGGCAGCCGUCAGGGAGCUGUUCAACUUCUCGGCGUGCGGCCAGAGCCGGGACUGCACCUUCGACGGCGUCUACCAGCCCCCGCUCCGAGGGCAGUUCAUUGCCUUCUCUGCCUUUUACUACAACUUCAAGUUCCUCAACCUGACGGAGGGGCAGCCGCUGGCCACAGCCAGGGAGGCCAUCGAGCAGCUCUGCACAAGGAGCUGGGAAGAUCUAUCUUCCAGCUACCCUAAAGAGGAUCCCAAGCGACUGCCUAAAUACUGUGCCAAUGCCAACUACAUCCUCACACUCCUCCUCGAUGCCUACAAGUUCAAUGAGACCAGCUGGAAAAACAUCUUCUUCCAGAUGAAGGCAGGGAGUGCUGACGUUGGCUGGACACUGGGGUACAUGCUGAACCUCACCAACAUGAUCCCGGCGGAGGCUCCAACCAGGGUGAAGGGGCACAUGCCUUCUCUGUGGGCUGCAGCCAUCACCUUCAUCAUCCUCACCCUUGUCUUGGGGCUCACUGCCCUGCUGCUGCUCCUGUGGAUGUAG